GUAAUAGACACGUUAGGUGGUAAUUUCAACGUAUUAUGUGAGCAUGUACAAAGCCUCUUCACCAAUGAAGCUAAGGAUUGGUAUUGGCGUUACAGGCGGUCUGUCGAGCGGGUGACAUGGCCAACAUUAUGUCAAGCACUUCGUACAAAUUUCCAAGAACACAGAACGGAUACGGAAAUUAAAGAGUUGAUUCGAGCUAGAAAGCAAUGCCUUUACGAAAGUUUUGACGAUUUCCGAAAUGCUAUCUUAAAAUUGGCGGAGGGUUUACAAAUACCUUUACCUGAGUUAGAGCUCGUUGAAAUCCUUCAGAGGAAUUCGCGUCCUCGCAUUCGACAACAGCUACUAUACGUACCCGUAACCUCACUUGCAGAACUGCGUAAAUUGUGCCUGAAAGGCGAAAAUCUUUUAAACGAAGUCUCAAAAUCAAUUGUGCCCACUGUGCCACCCCAAAAUCAGCGACAUUUACCCCGUCGUCUUAUAAACGAACUGUACGACAAUGACGAUAUCAUAGAGGGAGUAGAUGAAGUAGUUGAGAUCGAUGACAUACAUAAAAAUACAAACAAGACUAAUUUAGUGUGCUGGUAUUGUCGUGCGGAAGGGCACAGAUUUUUCGACUGUCUUGCAGAUAGGACAAUAUUUUGCUACGGCUGCGGUUCUCCGGGAAUAUACAAGCCCAACUGCACCAAAUGUAGGUCGGAAAACUUACAGAAGAGCGAGGUUCUCCACCAGAAUCCUCGCUACGACACAAAACACAAGACAUAAAAAAGUUUUUAA